UUUCCACCACCCUUUCCCAUACUUUCAUAGUGUGACUUAGCAGCUUGAUACCUCUAUAGUUGCUGCAGCUUUGAAUGUCGCCCUUGUUCUUGUACAAGGGAAUCAUUGUACUCCACCUCCAUUCUUCCGGCAUCUUCGCUGUCUUGAAAAUGACAUUAAACAACCCAGUCAGCCACUCCAAGCCUACCCUGCCUGCACUCUUCCAAAAUUCCCCAGGAAUCUCGUCAGGUCCGGUCGCUCUUCCCCUGUGCAUUUAGACAAGAUACUGAAUUUUCUGUUUUUUAACUUCAUGCAUUUUGCUUGAGAAAUGCUAGAAGGUUGCAUCUUCACAACUUCAUUUAUAUAAUUCUGCUACCUGAAACCAAGAAUACCUCUCCCUUGGUUCCAGAUGAUAGCUGUUAUUGUGUUAGUGCACUACAAAAGCAGGGGAGCAAUGAGGUUAGAUAGAGAACUAACUUGAUGGAGCAGGACAAUACUCUAUAUAGGUGAUGAUGAGAGUGUAAUGAAGCUGCCUACAUGGCAAUCUUUAAAGAGAAUGUAGAGAAACAUGAGAACAAAAUGAAAAAUGAGAGAGAAGGUGUUGUUGAAUCUUCGAUAAGAUGGCAUUGCUUCCUUGUGGCCACAAGUGGUUUGAAUGUCCUUUUAGAGGUAAAUGAUGUAGAGGAGUCAUGGCAGGUUUUAUGUAAAUUGUUGAUCUGGUGAUAAAUGUGGAGGAGGCAGGUUUAAGGAGUACUAUGCUGAAUUGCCAAUAAGUUCGUAUCUACCUUUAACUGCAAGUAACUACUAAUUUUCAAGGCAUUUCCCUUCAAGUGUUUUUUGUAUGACUUCAUUUCUUAAGAGAUCUGAUAGUAUUUUCAUUACCCAAUUUUGAGUGAUGGAAUACAUAAAGCCUGUAGUCUUAUUUUCUCUGAACUCAUUUCUUAUACGAUUAACGAAUUGAAUUCUGUACUGGGUUAGAGUUGGUGUAUAAUGGACUGUUUAUUCUCCCUCUACAGUUUGUCUUGUAGUGAUGAAUUUGUGAAGAGUUUUGAUCAUAAUAAUUUUGGCAAACGAGAUUUAUAUCUUGAAUUCUGUUAUCAUCUCGUCUAAAAGCUUAACUUAUUAGAGAGAGCUCAUUGUUUACUAAUUAUAUCUUCAACCAGUCUCGGUAGAAUUUUUUUUUGAUAAUUGGUGGCAGUGGGAGUUGAACCCAGGAUCUCUGGCUGUUCUAAAUUGUGUGAUUAUAUCAUGUAUACUUUUAACAUUGGGCCAAUCUUUUUCCUUAAGAUUAUUUUUGCUAUAGUUCCUGAUCAUAUUCCUUUACUACCAUCUAUGUUGUGAAAUCAACAUCUUGCACAAUGUUGUUCCUUUUUGGAAUUAAGCUGAUGUGAAAGAAUAUGCAAAAUUUAAUUAGGACCAGUCCAGUGUUUGAUAACGAAAGAUUACAUGUUUUUCAGGUUUGUGUUGGGGCUUCAUUGUCAAAAAAGGUUGUAUUGGAGCUUUCCAUCUAUUCAUUAAACUUACUAGGAUGUACAUAAUUUAUUUUAUUUGUUUACGUUUCUCUCUUAUUCAGGAUUGUAUUUGUUUUAUUUUGCUUUUCCAUUCCCUUUACAAAACACAUUUUUAUUUUAAAGAUUUAACUUAUAUACAUUGAUGGUUGUAAAUAAUUUUUAUGCUAUUAGUAUAUGGUAACAUGUCUGCUUUUUCAAGUUACAGUCACAAUGAUCUAUAGUUAUCUUUCUGGUGAUCUAUCAGUGUGAAAAUUCUUUUACUAUCAGUGUGUAGAAGUUAAAACUCUUAUUUUAAUACCAUGACGACUUAACUCCUUUUUGUUUGCGGGUCCACUAGAAGGUUUUCUCAUUCUUCAUUAAACUCAAGAUAAAAGCAGCUGAAACUUAGAAGUUUGAAAAUAUUGAGAGUUUAUUCCUGAAUAACAACUGUACAGGCAAGCUUAUUUCAACACAAACAAUGGGAAAGGCAAAAGCAGGCCAGCUGCCAUGAACAGAAUUACAACAUUUUGCAAGUUCAAUCUCUGCAGAUUCAAUGGCGAUAGAUUCACCCCCAUUUUCGGGACCAGUGUCACCAUGAUGGUAUCUUCAUCUUCAAGGCCAAUUUCCUCGAUAUCCAACUUAAAGUCUGGUGGUUCUUUUAUGGACCUCCAUGAAGGUGUGGCAAGUUAGUAUAGCUUCCUGCAAACUCAGCCUUACCUAGCUCAUGCCAAUUGAAGCCAUCAGAGUUUACCAUGGCAUUUCCCAAUUUCUCGACUGCUGGCGUGGUUCUGGAAGGCGUGGGUUUCUUUUCGAACAAUCAUAAGGCUUCUUUCUACGGCAUAGGGAUGAUGAGAACAAAUUGCAGAUCUGAAGAUAUCAAUAUACUGGUUCAACAUCAAGGGUCUCCUAUUAACCAUGUCAUGGAUGGUCCUUUUCCAAUCGACUUCCCUGUUGAAAAUUCUGAAAAUUAUAAUGGUACUGGUACUAUCUAUUAUGGUCUCCAGGUGACUUCCUCUUCUCAUGAGGUUUGUGCUCUUGAAACUCCUAUUCUCGGUAACGUUAUUGCGGACAACAGGGAUGAAGGCGCUAUGAAAUUAGUUGUGGCAGAUGGGCUAAAUGGAAAUGGAGUUAUUCUGAAUGAGAUUGAAUGUUCUGUGCCGACUUCACCAUUUGCUGCAAAUAGCAAAAUUAAUCUUCCAAAUCCUAAGCAUAAACUGCUUGAUGAAAUGUCAACUAGUGAAGUAAUGGGGCCUUUUGACAAACUAUCUCCUAUCUCUAAAAAUCUAGUAGAAGCUGAACAAUUGGAGAAUAGGGUAAUGGCAUAUUCUGAACCAAAAUCAAAGGUUUUCAGUACACCCGAAGUUUUGCUAGAGGGAAAGAUAUUGGAAGAAACCGAGCCUUGGAAGGGGGAAGAGUGCCCUGCUCCUGAGAUGCUUAUGGAGCCAAUAGUGAGUCCACCUAGCUGUGCAUACUGUCUCAAAGUCAACGAGGCUGACCUUUCAUCAUGGAUGAUUGUAAUUCCGCAAGAACAAAAAUCUCAGGCAACCAGUAGUGAUACCGGAAUAGCAGCUGAUUCAAUCACCAUAGCCAACGAGGAAAUCGAUUUGAAUAUCAUUGAGGGGAAUGAUGAGAUGGUGAUACAACAACAUAUUCCAACUAUUGAAACUAGGGCUAAGGACAUGGAUACCAGAAAGCAUGCAGAGGUGGAACCUCUUGUGAUGAUAGUUGAUGCACAGGGUGCUCUUAUAGGCAAAGACAAAGCAGUGGGUAUUGAGAAAGAGUCUGCUAACAUAGAGAUUGAGAUGAACACUGAACGAUAUGAGCCUAUUGACAGAGGAAAAGAGUGCAUGACCGAGGGGCCAGAACAUGUACCUGGGAAACCAAAUGUAUUUGAAAAGGCUUCUAGUGUUCCUGAUUCAACCAAUUGCGUCUCUGAGACUACUAUACUUUCUUCUGGCAAGCAUAAACUGGUGAACAGGGAACUAGUGUCGUUGCUGCAGACAAAGCCGGGUGAUGGUGAUGGAGAGGCACUUCCCCUGUUAACGCCAGGUGACCAAUUUCCUCCUAAAACCUUUCCAGAAAGUACAUUCUCUAUGGCUUUGAAUAUCUCGUUCACAAGUGAUAAGGUGACUGAUAUCGAGAAUGAAACUGAAUUAAAGAACUAUGCGAAUGGCAGUAGUAUGAAGAUAAUGAAGAGUGUAACUGCAUUUCCUGAUGAAACAAAUGAUGCAAGGGAUAAAAAUUACUCUGUUGAAUUUGAAGAACAAGAUUGUGAGGAAGAGUUUGUAUUAAUUAGUAAGCAACCAUCGUUAAGAGAGAUUCAACUUAUAGUUUGGGGAUGCAGAAGAAUAAGUGAAGUGACUAUGAUAAAUUAUCCUAUAAUACACAUGAGAUAUCAGAAGCCGAAUUGAUGGAAGGUGGGCUUGUUAUGCUGCUGCUAGGAGAGGUUGAAUCGAGCAAGACUUUUCAGGUAUUUGUUAGAAUAAGGAGUUUGAGGUUUGAACCAGAUAAGAUAACAUUGACAAGUAUUGAAAGGGCUUGUUCCUUUUUGAAUGUAAUGAGAAGAAAGUCUGGUAGCACAUCAGUACAUAUAUGGGAUCCUGGAAGCACUCCAAAUAUUCAUGAUGCUACAGCUCAUUCAAAUCACACAGAAAAACUGAUACACUUGGUGCUUGGCAUAAGUUCAAUUGGUUCUGUUUUAGUUGCAAACGGAACAAUGAAAAAGGUACUUUCAAGGCACAAGAAAACUAAUAUUGAGAAAUAUGAUCUGAAAGGACGGUAUCAUUCAUUCUCUGUUUACGGGGAGCUUGUGGCAGGCUCAAACUACACAGAUUAUUAGUCAAGGAGUUCGGAAAUACGAUUUGGGCAGAAGAAGGGUAUUGCGGAUAAGUUGACUGUCAAGUUUGAAUCUGAAAGUUGGGAAGUCACCGUUGGUGGUGAUGAAUAUUCACUGUUUGUCAACUUGAAAAGAUCAUCUAAGCAAUUAUUGAAGCAAGUUUUCAUUGGAAGUUGAAGAUUUUGCAGUGGGUACAAAUUACAUUGGAUUGACACUAUAUGCUCUGGUGAAUGCACUUCCAGUCCAUUCAUGUGAGGGACCAUUUUUUAAUUAUAGGUGGCUCUGUGUUAAGGAGGAAGGGUCACUUAAAGAUCAUUCUACGAACAUGUCUGUCUUGGUUGCAUUUGGAAUUACAAUUGCCUAUGUUGAUUAUUUACGUGCAUUAUUUUAUGGUGUAAUUACCAUGUUCCGGUCUUCACCAUCUUUUGAGAGAAACACCAUGAAUUGUUCUGUAACAGGACAGUGUAGGAGUGCUCUAAAAGUUCCAGGUAAUCUAAGGAGUGUUCUUAUACUUGUGUUAUCAGUUCUCGGAACAGCUUAUAUUGGUUUCACAGAGUUGAUGUAUUCUUCCAAGGGUCAUACGGAGAAGGCUUUAAUGGGAGGUGGUGUUUCUGGUUCCUUGUUCCUGAUAGCAUCGGUGCAAGGGCCAGCAGCUGAGGAGAGCAUUUCACUUGAAAGGAGCAAGGCAUUUCAGAAAGGGGAACAGGAAGGUACUAAGCUGCUUGAACUUCUUGGAGUGCAAGUGCUAAAAGUAAAUGGAGAAAGUAAAGUACUCUUUGCAAGAUCGACUUGAGAAGGACAUCUUGAUGAUUGUAUUACUGUUGACAGUGAUUCAAUUCCUUUCGGAGCCAGAAGAAUUAUCAAAGGGAACUUGCUCGAUAUGCUGAUUAAUCCUAAGGAGUAUAAUGAUUCUAUUGCAAGAACUCUUGGAAUCAGUGGGUUUAUUCUAAUUUCCAGUAGAUUUGAACCUUUUGAUUUCAUUCAGUUACAUUCCAUGACGUACAGGGCAGUGUUUGAUCCAGGAAGAUCUAUCCAUGAUGUUGCACCAAUGCUUUGUGUUGACGAUGACAUAUUUUUUGGAAGCGUCGUGACUAAUAAAAGUUGUUGGCUUUACUUCUCUGCUCCACCUAACUUCUUGUACAGUGGUGAGCACAGUCCGAUGCUCACUGUACUUCAAAAUGAAGGUUUAGGUGCUAAUCAUUCAAAAGAGAAGGUUAUUGGAGUAUUAGUCUCUCAUGUUGGCUUUAUGAUUAGUCAUACAGUGGCUUCUACUACGAAGAUGAUGGUUAUCAUGGUCUCAAAGUAUUCACACGAGUUUUUGCCACUUUCAUUUCAUUUAAAAAUAAUUGGCAUCCUAGAUCACUUUGAGGUGUUUAGUGAUGAAAACUUUCACAAGGUGUAUGAAGUAUUUCCUGUUCAAUUAAGUUCAAGGCCCUUGGGAUCUUCUGCUGCAAAUGAAGUAUUGAUGAGGAAACAUAAUCAUUCUACGCCUACAGUGAAGAAGAUGAAUAUUGAUUCAAGGACACGAAUUUUUAUUUCAUUUGGUCCCGGUGGCAUUAACACCCUUGAUGGGACAAGUUUGAUUUUAAGGAGGGAGACCUGAUACAAAUUGCAAGUUCUGUCCUUUAGAGUUUAGUUUUAAUUUUCUAUUUUAUUUGGUUGGCAUCCUAAUUUAGUUUAGUAAAGGGUAAUAUUGUCAUUUCUUGGGUUCUUGCUUUGUAGUGUAUAAAUGUCUUGUUUUGUACUCAUUGAAGAUCAUCAAUGAAAAACUAUCUUUUAGCUCU